GUGUGUGUGUGUGUGUGUGUGUGUGUGUGUGUGUGUGUGUGUGUGUGUGUGUGUGUGUGUGUGUGUGUGUGGGGCGAGGGUGCAGGCGGUGCUAUUGAACCCUCCCAUGUUACAGGCGGCGCUGUGCGUGGCGGUGAGCCCUCUGGUGCUGUUGGUGCUGCUUAUGUGGAUGUGAGCCCUCCCAUUCUGCGUGAGGCGCUGUGCCUUCUGGUACUGCGAGUUGUGUUGUCGCGCAGUUAGUUAUCCGUCUGCUCGACUCCAGUCUCCGUGAUGCAGAAAUAUGAGAAACUGGAGAAAAUCGGCGAAGGGUCCCGUCACGGAACCCGUCUGCUCUGCUGACAGGCCCGGAAGCAGCAACAGGGGAGGACUGCUCUCGAAAUUAAGCCUAUUCCUUCACAGAACCUAUGGGACAGUGUUUAAAGCAAAGAACAAAGAAACUCAUGAAAUUGUGGCACUGAAGAGAGUUCGACUGGAUGAUGAUGAUGAGGGGGUGCCCAGCUCAGCCCUACGAGAAAUCUGUCUUCUGAAGGAGCUGAAACAUAAAAACAUUGUGAGACUGCACGAUGUUCUUCACAGCGAUAAGAAGCUGACCCUCGUGUUUGAAUAUUGUGAUCAGGAUUUGAAGAAAUAUUUUGAUAGUUGUACUGGAGAUCUUGAUGCUGAGAUUGUGAAGUCGUUCAUGUAUCAGUUGCUGAAAGGACUGGCAUUCUGUCACAGCAGGAAUGUGCUGCACAGGGACUUAAAACCCCAGAACCUCCUGAUCAACAGGAAUGGGGAGCUGAAGCUGGCUGACUUUGGGCUGGCUCGAGCAUUUGGGAUACCUGUCCGCUGUUAUUCUGCCGAGGUGGUGACACUGUGGUAUCGCCCUCCAGAUGUACUGUUUGGUGCCAAACUUUAUUCAACGUCUAUCGACAUGUGGUCAGCAGGUUGCAUAUUUGCAGAAUUGGCAAAUGCCGGAAGGCCUCUAUUCCCUGGGAAUGAUGUAGAUGACCAGCUGAAGAGAAUUUUCCGCUUGCUGGGAACCCCAACAGAGGAACAGUGGCCGACUAUGACCAAGCUUCCUGAUUACAAGCCCUAUCCUAUGUAUCCAGCGACAACGUCCCUACUAAACGUUGUUCCGAAGCUCAACACUACUGGUCGAGACCUACUGCAGAAACCGUCGACAUUGCUGCAACUUCCUGUCCUGCAUCAUCAGAAGUGCCAUGCACUUCGCCGGGAGGAGAUCCAACUUGAGUCCGAGACUUCGCCGAGACGAACCUGUUGAAGUGUAACCCAGUGCAGAGAAUUUCAGCCGAGGAAGCCUUACAACAUCCCUACUUUGCGGACUUCUGCCCUCCCUAAAGGAACACCUGCCCUUUGGCACUUCCCCGUUGGCACUGGACCUGAAGGAUUAACUGAAACUCGAGCUGCCUCUCCCCUCUCUGUGCUUCUUGACUCAGUCAUGACCAAAGUGGUGGACCCUUGAGGUGAUCUCAUUGUGGGCAGGUUCUUAAGAAUGAGAAUCUCACUUGAAGCAUUGGUGUGUUUGUCUGGAAGGAUUUUUAUUUUAGCAUUCCAUACAGAGCGUCAUGAAGAAGAGCACUUUUUGUCUGUAAAGAAUUCAUCUGACAUUUGUCCAGUCAGCUGUCAUGUUUACACAUUUGUAUCCUUAUUCACAAAUGUGUCGUGCAUCAGCAAGUGUGACUUUGUGCACAGGUGUGUUGCUUCUGUAUAUAUGCUUUUAUAUCAUGUGUUGCCAUGUAUUUAGUAAUGAUAAAUGUCUCAAGUACUUAUGUAUGUUAUUUUCAUUACGUGUGUAAUUAUGUCACUUUUUGUUAAUGUAUGUUAAAUAUGCCCUUCUCUAUCAUUUCUGCUCUCCCUCAUCUAUGUCAUUACUAGUCAGUUACAGGUUAGUGCUGUGUGGCCUCUUUGAGUGGGGUGUGUGUUGUCAGUGCUCCUGGGGGUCUGAAUGUUAUCGUGGAUUAGCAGAUUUGUGUGAUUUCAGAAUAUUUUGUUCACUGUGUUAGUGUGAACUCAUGGCAAUGAACCUGUGGUCAUGUGUUGUGGAGAAUGACUUUGUUUGGAGCUUAUCAUUAGUGAAAGCACUUUUUUUCAAAGAAAUUUGAAACUUUCAAAAACUGUUUAUAAUUUUGUUUGUGUUGUUGGCAGGUGCAUGUGCUUGUGCACACACUUGUACAUGAUGUCACUGUUUGCUAUUGAUGUGUGUGUAGUGUGUAAUAUAUGCUCCCUUGUGUCUCUGUUAAUGUGCUUUUGUGUACGUGUGUGUGUGUGUAUUUAGGGACCCUUUAUUUUUUGCUGGAUGUCCCUGUUACUGAGUGAAGAUUCUGUGGAGCUCAGAUUCCAAGAGUCAUCUUAUCAGCAUCCACCCAAACCUCACAGCUUGACCUCGCUACUGAACAAGGUCUCACUUAAUCUGGUUCAGCAGUAUUGUUGGAAAUUCCAGUUAAUGCACUUAUUUCAACACUUAGGUUACUGAAUCAUUCCAGUUCCUCUUGUGUUUUGGUAGCAAAGAAAGUAAGCAGUUGUCUGUGCAACAUACUGUAGCUGAUAAAUAUCAAUCUGCAAGCAACUUGUAAACCAUGGCAGAAAAUCAUUAUGGUAUAAUUUACUGGAGUGCCAAACUUUAUACCUCCUUGAGUGCAAAACAAUUAACAAAAGUGGAACGGUUUGAAAAUUUCAUUAUUAAAGCAGGAGGGCAAUGCAGGAGAUUCCAUCAAACCCAAGCAGUGACUGGCUGAAAUACUUUCUAUUUCACAUUUACUUGUAACUCCUGAUUGUUGAUAAUACAAAGAUUGGAGGUGUUGGGGAUAGUGUGGAGGGCUGUCAGAGGUUACAGCAGGACAUUGAUAGGAUGCAAAAGGGCUGAGAAGUGGCAGAUGGAAUUCAACCCAGAUAAGUGUGAAAUGGUUCAUUUUGGUAGGUCAAAUAUGAUGGUAGAAUAUAGUAUUAAUGGUACGACUCUUAGCAGUGUGGAGGAUCAGAGGAAUCUUGGGGUCUGAGUCCAUAGGACCCUCAAGGCUGCUGCGCAGGUUGACUCUGGUUAAGAAAGUAUACAGUACAUUGGCCUUCAUCAACCAUAGGAGUGAGUUUAGGAGCCGAGAGGUAAUGUUGCAGCUAUAUAGGACCCUGGUUAGACCCCACUUGGAGUACUGUGCUCAGUUCUAGUCGCCUCACUAUAGGAAGGAUGUGGAAAACAUAGAAAAGGUACAGAGGAGAUUUGCAAGGAUGUUGCCUGGAGUGGGGAGCAUGCCUUAUGAGAAUAGGUUGAGUGAACUCGGCCUUUUCUCCUUGGAGCAACAGAGGAUGAGAGGUGACCUGCUAGAGGUGUGUAAGAUGAUGAGAAGCAUUGAUGGUAUGGAUAGUCAGAGGCUUUUUCCCAAUGCUGAAGUGCUAGCACGAGAGGGUAUAGUUUUAAGGUGCCUGGGAGUAGAUACAGAGGAGACAACAGGGUUAAGUUUUUUUUACGCAGAGAGUGGUGAGUACGUGGAAUGGGCUGCCAGCGACGGUGGUGGAGGCAGAUAUGAUAGGAUCUUUUAAGAGACUCCUGGACAGGUAUAUGGAGCUCAGAAAAAUGGAGGGCUGUGGGUAACCCUAGGUAAUUUCUCAGGUAAGGACAUGUUCGGCACAGCUUUGUGGGCCGAAGGGACUGUAUUGUUUUCUAUGUUUCUAUGUAAAGAAAUUGUAAACAAGCCAUUGGACCAAAUAAAGGUAAAUUCCAGGAGCAUUUCCUGAGCUGAGGACCCAGGUACAGUGUGCCCAGUAGAGACACAGAAGGCUGUAGAUGCUGGAAUCUGGAGUAACAGACAAGAUGCUGCAGGAACUCAGCAGGAUUAAGAAAUGUGGAAGGAAAUGGACAGUUUAUCUUUCAGGUUGAUUUCUUUCACUGGAAAUCUAGAUGGAAGGUUUCAGCCCAAAACAUUGGGUGUCCAUUUUUGUCUAUAGCUACUGCUCAUCGCACUGAGUUUCUCCAGCAUCCUGUUUGAUGCUUCAGAAUGCCCAGCUCUUAGUGUGGAUUAAAUCAGUGGGAGAUCCCUGGUCUUUCUGUCCAUUGUCUGAAAUGUCUGGAGAUUCCUCCUGAAAUGGAUCAAAGGAUUCUGAUUAAUCGUUUCCAUGUUCAAUCCAAGGCAUUGAACAUGUAUUUUAUGAUGUCUCAAAGAAAUCCAAGUGAAGGGACUGAGCUGAGGGGUACAGAGGGAAAGUUUCCAUUAAAGGCAGAAAACUGAAAUUCCACAGCAUUCAGGUCUGGUUGAGUUAGUGCGGGUAAGACAAAUGUAUAUCCAUCAACAAGCAACAUGGAAAACUUUGUUUUGAGUCACUCAGGAAAGGGUGGACCUGCAUAAGGAUCCUGCACAAAAUUAAAGCAAAUGUGAAGGAGCAACACCGCUGGAGGAACUCAGUGAGUCAAGGGGGAGGGGGAUGUGGAAUUGAGAUUUUGGGUUGAAACUACAUCAGAACUGAGAGAGAUUAUCAGUAUAAAGAGGAGGGUGUGGUGGCAGUGAGAUGGGAAUCUGAGGUGAUUGGAGAACUGAGGAGGGGUGAAAGAUACAGUGAAGGAAUAAUUGUGGAUCACAUGGUCUCCUCUAUUGCCAUGGUGAGGCCACACUCAGGUUGGAGGAGCAACACUUUAUCUUCCAUUUAGGUGGCCUACAAUCUGAUGGCAUGAGCAUCAAUUUCUUGAACUAUUGUUAAUGCACCCCUCCCCCUUCAGCCUUCCCCAUUCCCAUUUCCCUCUCUCACUUUACCUCCUUACCUGCCCUUCAGCUCCCUCUGGAGCACCUCCAAUUCUCUUUCUUCCAUGGCCUUCUAUCCUCUCCUAUCAGAUUCCCUUUUCUCCAGCUCUUGAUCUCUUUCACCAAUCGACUCCCCUCUCACAGUUUCACCUAUCACCUACUGCCUUGUACAGUAUCUCUUCCUCACCUCCCCAACCUUCUUACCCUAACUUCUCGUCUUUUUUUCUCCAGCCCUGAUGAAGGAUCUCAGCCUGAAAUGUCGACUGGUUACUCUUUGCUAUAGAUGUACCUGACCUGCUGAGUUUCUUCAGCGUUUUGUGUGUGUUGCUUGGAUUUCCAGCAUCUGCAGAUUUUCUUUUGUUUCAGACUAGAGAAGCAUGAUUUGAUUUUAGAACAGGAAGUUGUGAAGGGAUCUGACAGGUAGAACAGCCCACUCGGACUUCCUCCCCCAUUCAUGUCAACCUUCUGCAUUAAUCUCAUCUGCCAGGAGCCUUCUAAUACUAGGUGACUUCAAUGCUCAUCCAUAAAUUCUCAAGCACAGUCACCACUCUCUUCAGCUGUGUAUUCCAGAUACCACUAUCUGAAUAUGUUCCCCUCAGAUCUCUAAAUUUCUUUCCCCUUACCCUAUAUCCUCCAGUUUUAUCUGCCUCUGAGAAAGGGAACAGUUUCUGCAAUCUCCUCUUUCUAUACCCCUCAUAAUUUUAUAUACUUUGAUCAUCCCUUGUAUUCUCCUUCACUCCAGAGAAAACAUAAUAGAAAUGCUCCACCCCAGAAAACAUCCUGGUGAAUUCCCUGCAUCCUCUCCAGUAUCACAAACAGUAUAGUGCAGUAACUGGAAUGCGCAUCUUAUUCCAGCAUUUUCUGCUUUUAUUUCAGAUUUCCAACAUUGGCAGUCUUUUGGUUGAAGUCGUGAGAAUGUUCCAGUUUUACCGUAUUAUGAGGAAAAUAUUGAGCCUCAGGGCUACAAAACAGACUUAACAUAGAUAAUACUGGACCUAAGACAUUAUGGUCAUUGGAUAAGUUAACAGGUCUGCAUUCUCUGUGUUAAAUCUGUCACUGUGAUUUGUUGUAGCUGGUUACUCCUUUUUUUUGUUCAGUGAAUGUAUUUCUUAGGGAAGUAAAUAAAUUACAUCAAACCACA